GUCCGACUAGAUUUUGAAGUCCUCUCAUCUUAAUGGUCAAUAAUAUUAGUGUUCAGUGCGCCCUAAUCCGCUAGAUGGUCUUCUUGUGGAGGAUCAUUAACCAUUGUGAGUUAGGGUUUGUUUAAGUACAUCCAUUAAUCAUGCAAGAUUCUUUCAAUAUCUUCAUCGCGCGAAGUUCUUUUAAUCUUUUGAUUAAACCCGCCGCACUUUUUUUAUUAUAUAUAAGCGUUGGUAUAGGUUUUAAGGUUUAGUUUGAAUGUUAGGUGUUACUGAAGGAAUUUGAAUUUUAGAUUUUCACGUCAAAGACCAUCGAGUUAAUCGCUAGACCAACCCCUUGAUUAAACUCAGCCGUCACCAUACUUUAUAUCAGAUUUAUUUACAUAUUAAAUAAUAUUAUUAUUCAGGAAAAAUAAAAUAAAAAUAUCCGUCUUCUAGCUCUCCCGUUGACAUUGGUCUCUUUAAAUGAAAAAUCUAAUUCACUAGUUACACAUGAAAUCGAUGAAAAUCAAUAAUACAACAAAUUCAGCCGUUCAGCAUUUGAAAAACCGAAGGUGGAGGGAGGGAAGGGAACUAAACGAGCAGUAGAAAUAGACGGCAGAAGAUCCGACCCGUCAAGAUCACCGCCGUCUGAUCUCACGGUAACGAACGAGAGAAACAAUAAUAACAAUCCAUGCUAAAAUAAUAAAAUAAAUAAAAAUAGGGUUUUCUUUCAAAAAACUCCUCUUCUCUUCUUCCUUCCACCUGGAAAUAGUCCGCCCCUUCUCGUUUGAAUCCCUCCCUUCUCCUCCCUUCUAUAGACCGUUUAAAUUCCUCUCUCUACUCUCUCGCUCUAGGAAAAAGAAGGGAAGAAGGGGGGAAAAGCAGCCCCAAAGCAAACUCAAUCGGAAAGUGGGAAGUAGAGCACAUUCAUAAAUCAUCAUUUCUUCAAACCAAGUGCCAUUUCCACCAGAUUUGGAUUUCCUACUACUCCACUCGGAUCUGCGCAAAUGCGCAUCGCUGCGACUGCCUCGCCGGCGCCGUUGCAACUCCUGCGUCCAUUGAACAAGUUCAGUCCGGUGAGUGAGUGAGUUUGGUUUGAACUCUUUUUCUUUUUUUACGAGGGAUUUCGAAUUGGUGUGAUUUGGUCGGGGGAGAAAUGAGAGGCGAAUGGCUUCGAACUUAUGCUGCUUCUGGGGGUGUUUUUUUUUAUACGAAAGAGGAUUCUUUGGAUUUUGGAAGAGGGAUGUUUUGAAAUUGCUUCUGUUAGAGUUCAGGGUAAUCGAUUGUGUUUUAGGGUUUGGAUUCGGGGGUAGUAGUAGUAGUACUGAUUAGUCGUAGUUUGACUUGUUCAAUUUUGAAUUUGUGCUCAUGGUCAACAUAGCUGUGAUAAUUUGAAUUUCUGUUCGACCGCCAGCCUUACCGAUGGGUGCUGUGCUGUGGCUACUAAAGUUCAUCUCAUGAUUUCUCCCUUCAAUCUAGAGAAAUUGCCGGCUGAAAAAGCUAGUUGAUUCUCUCUACAUGCUGCCAAAGUUGUUUCCUUUCUACCAUUUUUUUUACUCUGUUCGAGGUUGAAUUAGCCUGUCUGUUUGGUUAAUUAGCAUGCGAUCUUGAAGGUUUAAGCGUGAAAUUGAACUUCCUUUGCAGGGAGGCAUAUGACGUCGUGGAGAAUAAACUGCAGAGAAAACGAUCAUAGAGUAGGGAUUGGGGUAUGCAGCUUUAUUCUUCUAACAAAGAACGAUGGGCAGUGAGAAGUCAGUUUCUGCUCCCUCGGAUGGGGUGAAUGAUAGCGUUCAGAAAAUCCGGCCACUCCAUGGGAGAACGAGUGGCCCUACUCGGCGUUCAACAAAAGGGCAAUGGACAGCUGAAGAGGAUGAGAUUUUAUGUCAGGCUGUUCAACGAUUCAAGGGAAAGAACUGGAAAAAAAUUGCUGAAUGUUUCAAGGACCGAACUGAUGUACAAUGCCUGCACAGGUGGCAGAAAGUCUUAAAUCCAGAACUUGUGAAAGGACCAUGGUCAAAGGAGGAAGAUGAAACAAUUGUUGAACUGGUGAAUAAAUAUGGACCAAAAAAGUGGUCUACAAUUGCCCAACAUUUACCAGGGCGCAUUGGCAAGCAAUGUAGAGAAAGGUGGCAUAAUCAUCUUAAUCCAUCAAUUAACAGACAGGCUUGGACUCAGGAUGAGGAGUUGGCCUUGGUCCGUGCUCAUCAAGUUUAUGGAAACAGAUGGGCAGAGCUCUCAAAAUUCUUGCCUGGAAGGACAGAUAAUGCUAUAAAGAACCAUUGGAAUAGUUCUGUGAAGAAGAAGUUGGAUUCUUACUUGGCAUCGGGUCUACUAGAACAGUUUCAAGGCCUUCCCCUAGUCAUGCAUCAAAAUCAAGCCACACCUUCAUCUUCUUUAAGGUUGCAAAAUAGUGGAGAUGAUAACGACAGCAGUCGAAAGUGUGGCACAGAGGCAGAGGAAAUAUCUGAGUGCAGUCAAGAGUCAACAAUCUUGGUGUGUUCUCAGUCAGCUAGUGAUUUGGGCAAUAAUUCCGUUAUUGGUACCAGAGAAGAAUUCCAGUUAACACAAGAUUCUGGCAUGGUUAAUGAAACACACCCCUGUACUGCUGCCCAUUGUCCCCAGGAGUAUUACACAUCUCUUGGAAAUGUCCAGUUUUCCAUCCCAGAUGUACCCUGUGAAGCAGAUGGAUCGUCCUCCGGCUUUCUCCAGCAGAAUUAUGCUCAUUUGGCCGCAGUUAAUAAUCCAGCAAGUAGUGAAUACCAAUUUAACUUAGAGGACCUUUCCAACAUGCCUCAUUCACUGGAAUUCGGACAAGGUGGCUUUUCGGGUGUGCCAACUCAUUGUAGUAUCGGUGCUCAUGAAACCCAGGAAAUGGGCUUCACUGCUCCUAUUCCUUUGGAAGAUAUGGCAACAUGUUCAUCCACACCCGAACAGCAAAUUCUUAUACCGGACGAUGAAUGUUGCAAGAUCUUGUUCUCAGAGGUAACAACCAGUGGAAACGUUGCCCCUCAAAAUCAUCAUAUAGAAGACUCGUCAAAUAUGGUUGACUUAGGUGGAUCGUCAGUCAACCAAAGACCUGAUAAUGUGCUUAUUCCAACUCAUGAUGAAGAUCUAAUAGCAAGUGUUAUGAACUUCUGUGAUGGUGGUGGUGGUGGUAAUAUGAUGCAAGCAGAACCAUAUCUGGAAGAAGCUUCAAAUUUGGAGAUGACGAAUGACGGUAGACUAGAUCAACAUCAAGGUGGGGAUACAGGAUCAUUAUGCUAUGAGCCUCCACGGUUCCCAAGCUUGGAUCUUCCAUUCCUAAGUUGUGAUCUAGUGCAACCUGAUAGUGAUCUUCAGCAAGAGUACAGUCCACUCGGUAUCCGACAAUUCAUGUUGUCUUCAGCAAGCUGCAUCAGUCCAUUUAGGCUGUGGGAUUCUCCAACUAGGAAUACGAGUACCACCAGUCCCGAUGCAGUCCUCAAGAGUGCUGCUAAGACUUUCAUGGGCACACCUUCCAUUUUGAAGAAGAGGACACGGGAUUUAUUGUCGCCUUUGUCGGAGAAAAGAGACGAGAAAAAGCUUGAGAUUGAUAUGACAUCCAGUUUGGCUAGAGAGUUUCAACGCCUGGAUGUAGUGUAUGAGGAGAUGAAAUCUGGCAACAGACCGUAUUUAAUGUCUCCAUUAUCCAAAGUUAACCAAAUGUCUUGUAGUGAAGAUAAGGAAAAUGUGGACCCUGUUCUUCAAUCGGAUGAAGGAGAAGGGAAGGGACGAGACUCUUCUACUACCUCAGAGGAUGCUGUUAAAGUGAAGAAAGAAAUCGAUGGUGGUUAUACGAAGACAAAAGAUCAGGAUCCCGGUGUUAAUAACCCCCAACUUCACUCCGAAAUACUUGUUGGUGAAGAAAGCUUGAGUGAUCUGUUACUAUUUUCACCUGAUGCUCGAACUCCAAGAAACUUCCAUCGAAAAAUCUUGGCUACUUUAUCAGAGAAGGUUGUGACAGCUGGGUCGUCAUCACCUACUGUGAACAAGAAGAAUGAAGGUCAAUCGACGGUUGCUGUUUCUGCAAUGAAACCCCUGGCGUCAUUAUCAGCACCUGCUCAGAAAACAGUUGCUACUGCUACUACCACCACUGGGAAUGACCUCUUUGGUGGAACUCCUUUCAAGAGGAGCAUUGAGUCUCCCUCCGCAUGGAAAUCUCCAUGGUUCUUUAACUCUUUCCUCCCCGGUCCAAGGGUCGACACCGAAAUUUCAGUUGAGGAUAUGGAAUAUUAUCUGAGCCCGGGGGACAGAAGCUACGACGCAAUCACACUUUUGAAACAGUUAAGCGAGCACACUGCUGCUGCUUGUGCUGAUGCAUUGGAAGUUCUUGGGGAUGAAACCCCUGAGACCAUAUCGAAAGGAAGGCAACACCAGACAAACCUGGUCACCGGUCAAGAAAACAAGGAUGGAGAGUGUGACAUUAAUGGUUCCCAUUUGGCCAAUAUCUCUCAGAAGGAAGGCCGAGUGUUGGACUUCAGUGAAUGCGGGACGCCUGAGAAAGGAAGGGAGAAUGGGAAAUGUUCUUCUUCUACUACGGUUGCAGUAAGCAGCUUGUCCAGUCCUUCCGCUUUUUCCCACCUGUUGAAGGGUUUCAGAUAGUAAAGGAAGAAAGCCAAGGGAAGGACAGAAACAGUUUUAGGCUGUGGGAACUUCUAUUGUUUAUAGUAACACCAAAUAUAGAUGAUGUAUGUAAGCAUUUUGUCUGGAAUCCGAUACUUGUUAAGAACCUUCAAUCUAUUCUGAAUUCAUUCAAACUUGUUCAUAUCAGUCUCUCCUAUCUGAUUCGAGAGAGAGAGAGAGAGAGAGAGAGAGAGAGAGAGAGAGAGAGAGAGAGAGAGAGAGAACCGAGCAUUAUUUCUUUUCGCCGUAUCUUGUCAAUUUACCUCUAUCUGUUUGGAAUCAAUGUCGAGAAGGGCGGAACGCGGCUAUCAAGGGUUUGCAUGGAAGCUUUUUUUCUAGUUAAGGAAAUGCUCGUGUCGAUGAACUGUGGCUAUUUGUAAUGUGAUGUACAGAAGGUAAGUGUAGUGGGUGAGGAUACAGAGGCAUUGAGGCAGAUAUUGUUUUUCCUCUUGUCAGGAAUUGCAUGAACAAAUAUAGGUCUAGCGAAUAGAGUGUGACGAUGUUACUUGACCAAGAGGUUGCCUUGUCCCACAAGAAAGUGAUGGAAAGCCUGAAAGGAAUGGAACGAUGAACCCAUCGAUUUCUAGACCGAUGUUCUAUGCUAUGAUUCGGGUCUGUCAGUCCAAGUACAAUCUAGCAGUUGUUAUGUGAAUGAUGCUUCUGACAUUAUAACUCGCAGGAUUGCAACAAUUUGGAAGAGAAGUUCAAAGCUCUCGAGAAGCAGCAUAGGAAACUAAGCAAAGGCAAGCAAAAGGCAAAUGUGUAGGGAUCAUAGGGUACUCAUUAAAUAAAUUAUGUCGAUAAUAUGUAUGAUAAUUUUACUGUAAACUCGUCCAGUAAAUUUCCAAUAGUUAC